GGCAGGGCUACAUAUGGAUGGCACAUCGCUCGCCGGGCGGCGUGACAUGGCAGCUAGCGGAGCACAGCAAGCGGCGGUGGGAGGAGAUGGCGGGCGGGCUGGAGGCAGACCACCGCCGCCUCACAGGCUGCUCCCAGGGGCUGGGACGCGUGCACACAGGCAGCAUGUUGGUGCCAUCACAGCCGUCCCACACAGCCCCACUGGAGCACCACCACCGAGCACUGCAGCAGGCAGGGCUGUCCGCGCACCUGCUGUCCGCUGCUGCUCUGAGGGAUGUGGAGCCGGCACUGCAGGUGCCUGCUGGGUGCUCGUCCGCACUGCUGCUGCCCUCCGACUGGCAGCUCGAUGCUCGCCUUGCCAUGCACGCCCUGCUCGCUCGCUGUCGCCACCAUACCGCAUCACGGCGCUACGUGGAGCUGUUUGAGGAGAGCGCCACCUCCUUCCUCCGGGCGGCAGGAGCCAGCAGGGUGGUGGGAGUGGAGACGGUUCAGCGGAGGGUGGUGGCAGCGCAGGCGGUGGUGGUGGCCACGGGCACGUGGUCGUCUGGCUUCAUCGCCCACGCCCUGCUCCACAGCACCCUUCCCUCCGCCACCGCCGAGCAAGCCUCUCAGCCUGAGGAUAGUCCCAAGGAGGGUACUUGGGGCAACCCGGGCAGCAGCGCAGCAGGCAGCAGGGGUGGCGGCAGGGAGCAGGAUCCGGUGGUGCCUCACGUGCGGCCUCGCAAGGGCUUCCUGCUGCAGCUCACGGACGUGCCCCCCGCGCUCUCGCUGCGCCAUGCCCUCAUGGAGUUUGACUACACCGCCAACUAUGCCGCGCCCACCACGGCUGCCACCAUGCAGCCGUCCUCCUCGUCUCCUGCCGCACCUGCCGCCAUCUCCAUGACUGCCACGUGCGACCACCUCGGCCACCUGCUCAUCGGCAGCAGCAGGGAGUUGGCGGGUUUCAGUGUGGAGCCGCAUGCGCCCACCAUCGCUGCCAUUCUGCACCGCACCGCCCUCUUCCUGCCCUCCCUCGCACACCUGCUGCUGCCAUGCCACAGGGAGGGGGUGAUGGGAGAGCAGCACAAGGGGCAGGCGGUGCAGCAAGCAGAGGACGAGGCGAUAGCUGCUCGGGUGAAUGUUGUUCGCACGGGGCUGCGUCCAUACACACCGGAUGGGAGGCCUCUGAUUGGCCCUGUGGACUCGCUACCAGGUGUUCUCUUCGCAUUAGGCCAUGAAGGGUCAGGCCUGUUGAUGGCUCCAGGCACAGCUGACAUGAUAAUGGCAUAUCUGGGGCGAGGCACCAUGCCUGUGGCCGCCCAUCCCUUCCUCCCUCAGGGGCGGCUUCUCACACUCCAACGGUUGCAGCACAUGCAUCCUUGA